AGAGAUGAUUCUUUCAUUCAACUACACCGCGGCACAAGAAGAUAAUACUCUCGAAUAUUUCAAUUUGGGAUUCGUCAUCAUUAUUUUUAUCAAUAUUGUCUCAAUCCUCUACUACCUAGUAAAUGUUUCAAUUGACAUUCGAAUUGGAAAAUUUGACACGAAUGUUAUAAAAAUCCACCAAUUUAUCUACAUCACUUGCCCCAUUGGAUCAAUUGUUAUGAUUGCUCAAAAAGUGAUGAUCAUUGCAAAAAUACCGGGAGGAUAUGAUUAUGACUAUCCAACAUUUCAAUUUCUACACCAUCUAAGAACUUCCACUGUAUUUCCAGGAUUAAUAUGCUUGACUGCUUUCGUGAUAGAACGGUUUUUGGCCACAUUGUACUUGAAGGAUUAUGAGCGUAAAAAUAGAUGGUGGAUUGGGAUUAUAAUUGGAAUCGGGUUGUACACAGCAGGAGGUCUUUUGGCAUAUUCACUGGCAAUUGUUGCAACAAGUUUCUACCACACAGUUUUUCUACUUGUUUUGAGUGCGACUAGUUGCUUGGGUAACAUGUUGAACUACAAAAUAAAUCAGAAAUACUAUCGAGCCUGCCAACAAAGUUACAACGGGAAAUACUGUUUGGCUGAAAGGUAUCAGAUUUCUGAUAAUAUUCAUUUUUACUUUUUUUUCAUUCGGUUUGCUUCAAGUAUCUUCUUCUUCACAAUUCUCUGUCCGGUUCUGAUGUUAGUGGCCAGUUUUGAAAUAGAUUGGUUCUACCGGAAUCUCUGCAUCACUUUGUUCGAGUUGAGCUUCAGCGUAUACACAAUACUUACACCUUAUAUUAUAUACAAGUUCAAUAUUCGGUGGCAUCAAGAGUUCAAGAGAGUUUUGUCGAAGAUAACCGCCCGUUUCAAAACAAAACGAAUCGACGUGACAGAAAUCGGACCCGAAGCGAGUAAUCUCAAUUUGCGAAACACUUUCGGAGUUGAGAUGAAUAUUGAUAUCAAAAGACAGUCGGAUACUUAUUUCGAACAAUUGAAUUCAUCCUGGAGUAUGCAGAAACCUUGCUUAUAAUUAUUUAUAUCUUGAGUUUGUGAUAUAACAUUUAAUUCUUCAAUCAUAUCCUGUUAUCUUUCGGGUACAUUAAUUACAAUAAAAAGUUUUUAAUCAAAU